AUGAACAGAGGCAGAGGAGGUUUUAGAGGCGGUGGCCGUGGAGGAUUUGGAGGUCCAGGAGGACGGUCGUUCCAGCCCCAAGGUCCACCAGAAUCGGUACUAGAGAUGGGUUCCUUCAUGCAAGCUUGCGAAGGAGACAUUGUGUGUCGCUCGAUAAAUACCAAGAUUCCUUAUUUCAACGCGCCCAUAUUUUUAGAGAACAAGACCCAGGUGGGCAAAGUGGACGAGAUUCUAGGACCUUUAAACGAGGUCUUUUUCACCAUAAAGCCUUCUGAAGGUGUCAAGGCGGAAUCGUUCAAAGAUGGCGACAAGUUUUAUAUUGGACCAGACAAGCUUUUGCCCUUGGAGAGAUUCUUGCCCAAGCCAGCUGCCGUGGGACCAAAACCCAAGAGGAAGCCCGGUGCCGGCGGUGCUGGUGGCGGAAGAGGUGGAGGCAGAGGCGGUGGCCGUGGCGGUGCUAGAGGCGGCUUUUCAAGCAGAGGAGGUGGAAGAGGAGGAAGCAGGGGAGGCUUUGGUGGUGGCAGAGGAGGAGGAAUCUCCAAGCCAAGCCGAGGUGGAUUCGGAGGUGGUGGCAGAGGUGGAAGUAGAGGAGGAUUUGGAGGAGGAAGCAGGGGAGGAAGCAGGGGUGGAAGAGGACGUUUUUAA